AUGGCCGACUUCGAGGCUAUCGGUGUUUUGGAGGAGUUGGAGAAUGAGUACUGUCCCCCGCUGGACCCCGCGCUUUUCGCAGCGAUCGCGCACGACUAUAACUUGGAGGAUGACGACGUUGGGAGCAUCAAGGCGCUACGUGAUACUUUAGAUGAACUCAAAGUACUCGCAGCUGCUCAGGAAAAUUGCGAUUUUGACCCGUCCGGCACGAGUGGAAAUGGUGCGUUGGAGGAAGAUGGAGCCGCGUCUGAGCUUAGCGUUCCCCCGUCGCAUAGGACUCUCCGGUCACUUGAGACAAAUAUCACCAGUCUCGAGUCCAGUUUAUCGUCGCUGAGUGUCGAGAAAGGAAAACCAACCGGCAAGCGGAAGCAGCCAGAGGCCACCGCGCAAAGUGGGCCGACAGCGUCUAAUCUCUCCCAAAGAGGGGCCGCAUUUUCAGGACUUGGCCUAGAAGAGAAGAAGGUGUACUUGAAUGAAAUGUUCCCUUCUAUUGAUCAAUUUACGAUUUCUCAUACACUUGGGAAAUGCGACGGUGAUGUUGACCGAUCCAUGGACGUCUUACUCAAUUUGGCCUUUUUUGAAGACAGCAACAAUUACAACAGCACAGACGCGAAUGACGAUCGAAUCUCUAUCCCCAAGGGGGUGGAAGGCUUUGAAGAAGGGACUAAUCACAAAACUGCUCGAAGGAAAGGGAAGGGGAAACGAUCCAAAGCGAAACAAAUGUUAGAACAGUCGAUUUCAACUUGCGCCGAAGCCGACUUGAACCGUGUGAAUAUCGAUAAUAAAUGGGACAACGGCAAGAAAGACGUGGAUUUCAUUUGCUCUAGGACUCAUUUGUCAAUGCAAGCAGUGAACUCGGCCUAUCAUUUGAAUAGUGCACAUCUCCCUACCACUAUUCACUAUUUAGCAAGGAAAGAAAUUGAAAAGAAUUCAAACAUUAUGGAUGAUCCGGUCACCAUUGAGCAAAUCGCCGAACUCCAUGAAGAAUUUUCCACAGUUCCUUCAAUCAAGCUAGCUGGCUUGCUUCAAAUGGCGCGCAAUUCCAUUUCUGCUGCAAAUGAGCUUGCAAGAGUCAUGGUUACAGAGCCUGAAAUACCUGUCAUUAACAUGAAGCUGAACUUGACGCCACCAAUUUCGACGCAGAUGGAAUAUACUCCAGUUCGAAAGAAUCAGAAAACAGCAUCGCCGUUGCCUAAUUCUAGAGAUGCCGGAAUAAGUUUCGGUUCAAGUCGAAUUUUGGCGGAUCAUCAUCGGCGUGCCGGAGAGACAGCCUUUAACAAAGCGCAAGUCGCAUACCGUCGUGGUAAAUCGGACCAUCUCAUGGGUGCCGCCGCCAGCUAUUAUUCGGAUCUUGGUCGCAAGCAUAUUGAAAUAGCAAGGCGGGAAACCUCAGCCGCGGCGGAUGCCCUUGUGGACUCACAGUCAAGAGGCACGGUGCUAGACCUGCAUGGAGUCAGUGUGCAAGAUGGCGUUCGCAUCGCGUGCGAGCGCGUGGAAGACUGGUGGGAAUCACUUGGGGAUGCAAAGUAUGCGCCUGGUGGAGGAGGACCGGUACGACAGGGGUUCAGAAUUAUCACUGGGCUCGGGAGGCACAGCAAAAACGGCACAGCGAAACUUGGGCCGGCGGUGGCUUCGAGGCUGGCGAAAGAAGGGUGGAGAGUAGAGGUUGCACAGGGGCAUUUGACAGUGACCGGGCUUGUCAGACAUCGAUGA